ACCCAGUAGACAUGAUGAACAUCAAGGCCUUCACGCUGGUCUGUGCCGUGGAGCGGGAGCUGCUGGUGGCCGGCAAGGAAUGUGUCAGCAUAGAGUGCGUGGAGUGCUGCGGCAGGGACCUGUACGUGGGCACCAACGACGGCUUCAUCUACCACUUUCUGCUGGAGGAGAAGCCGGUGCCCACUGGGACUGCCACGUUCACGGCCACCAAGCAGCUGCACAGACACCUGGGUUUCAAGAAGCCCGUGAACGAGCUGCGGGCAGCCUCGGCUCUCAACAGGCUGCUGGUGCUGUGUGACAACUCCAUAACCCUGGCCAACAUGCUGAGCCUGGAGCCCGUCCCCUCAGGGGCCCGCAUCAAAGGAGCAUCCACCUUCGCUCUGAACGAGAACCCUGUGAGCGGGGACCCGUUCUGCGUGGAGGUUUGCAUUAUUCCUGUUAAACGCAGAACCAUCCAGAUGUUUCUGGUGUACGAGGACCGGGUGCAGAUCGUCAAGGAGGUGUCGACCCCCGAGCAGCCCCUCGCUGUGGCUGUGGAUGGACACUUCCUGUGCCUGGCCCUGUCCACUCAGUACAUCAUCCUGAACUACAGCUCGGGUGUCUCCCAGGACCUGUUUCCCUACUGCAGUGAGGAGAAGCGGCCCAUCGUCAAGAGGAUAGGGAGGCAGGAGUUUCUGCUGGCGGGCCCUGGGGGGCUGGGCAUGUUUGCCACAGUUGCUGGGAUAUCCCAGCGUGCCCCUGUGCACUGGUCAGAGAACGUGAUUGGGGCAGCUGUGUCCUUUCCGUAUGUCAUAGCGCUUGAUGACGAAUUCAUCACGGUUCAUAGCAUGUUGGAUCAGCAGCAAAAGCAGACCCUGCCCUUUAAGGAAGGCCACAUCCUGCAGGACUUUGAAGGAAGAGUGAUUGUUGCCACAAGUAAAGGAGUUUACAUCUUGGUUCCAUUACCUCUGGAAAAACAAAUACAGGAUCUUCUAGCAAACCGUAGAGUGGAAGAGGCUUUGGUUUUAGCAAAAGGGGCCCGGAGGAACAUUCCAAAAGAGAAAUUUCAGGUCAUGUACAGAAGGAUUCUGCAGCAGGCGGGGUUUAUACAGUUUGCACAACUUCAGUUCCUGGAAGCUAAAGAGCUCUUCAGAAGCGGCCAGCUUGACGUCCGGGAGCUGAUAUCUCUCUACCCCUUCCUGUUGCCUACCUCCUCCUCCUUCACCCGGUCCCACCCUCCUCUCCACGAGUAUGCAGACCUGAACCAGCUGACCCAAGGGGACCAGGAGAAGAUGGCCAAAUGCAAGCGAUUCCUCAUGAGCUAUCUGAACGAAGUCCGCAGCACGGAAGGAGCAAAUGGCUACAAGGAAGACAUCGACACAGCCUUGCUCAAGCUGUAUGCAGAGGCCAACCAUGACAGCCUGCUGGACCUCCUGGUCACCGAGAACUUCUGCCUUCUAACGGAUAGUGCCGUCUGGCUGGAGAAGCACAAAAAGUAUUUCGCACUUGGACUGCUCUAUCAUUAUAAUAACCAAGAUGCUGCCGCAGUUCAGUUGUGGGUGAACAUUGUGAAUGGGGACAUCCAGGACUCCACGCGCUCAGAUGUGUAUGAAUACAUCGUUGAUUUCCUCACCUGCUGCGUAGACCAGGAGCUUGUGUGGGCCCACGCUGACUGGGUCCUGCAGAGGAGCGAAGAGGUUGGAGUUCAAGUUUUCACCAAAAGACCUCUGGACGAACAGCAGAAUAGUUUUAAGCCAGAUGACAUUAUCAAUUGCCUUAAAAAAUACCCUAAAGCUCUUGUUAAAUAUCUAGAACAUCUCGUUAUGGAUAAGAGACUGCAGAAAGAAGAGUAUCACACACACUUGGCACUCCUCUACCUGGAAGAGGUGCUGCGGCAGAGGACCCCCGCCAGCAGCCAGGGUGCAGAAACCACUGAGACGCAGGCCAAACUGCGGCACCUACUGCAGAAGUCCGACUUGUACCGAGUCCACUUCCUGAUAGAGAGGAUUCAGGGUGCGGGCCUGCCCAUGGAGCGUGCCAUCCUCCACGGAAAGCUGGGCGAGGACGACAAGGCCCUGCACAUCCUGGUGCACGAGCUGAAGGACUUCUCUGCGGCAGAGGACUACUGCCUGUGGUGCUCCGAGGGCCGCGACCCGCCCCGCCGCCAGCGCCUCUUCCACACACUGCUCGCCAUUUACCUCCGCGCCGGGCCCUCCGCCCACGAGCUGACCGUGGCCGCCGUGGACCUGCUGAAUCGCCACGCCACAGAAUUCGAUGCGGCCCAGGUGCUGCAGCUGCUGCCCGACACGUGGUCGGUGCAGCUUCUUUGUCCGUUCCUGACGGGGGCCGUAAGAAACAGCGUCCAUGCCAGGAGGACCAUGCAGGUAGCCGUGGGCCUGGCCAAGUCAGAAAACUUAAUCUACACCUGCGACAAGAUGAAGUUAAAAAGAAGCUCAGUUCGGCUGUCAGACAAAAAGCUUUGCCAGAUGUGCCAAAAUCCCUUUUGUGAGCCUGUGUUUGUUAGAUAUCCGAAUGGUGGUCUCGUGCACACGCACUGUGCUGCCAGCAGACACACGAACCCCAGCUCACCCAGCCCUGGCGCCCGGACUUGAAAAAAAGCGUGGCCUGAGGGCACAAGGGGAACUCCAAGUCCUUUACCAAGCCUGCUGGAUGUAAAGAAAGAGCAGACAGGCAGGCCCUCUGUGUCCACCAGGACGAAGGGAAUACAUCUGGGUGCCUUUGUCCAUGUGAAACAAGGACUCUUCACUUCUGACUACUCUCUGUGAAUGUACAUGGAAAAUCCCUGAAAAUCCCCAAAAUAGAGACAUGCAAGAGUCCACCUGUCCAGGAACAUAGUUAGUGAUCCAAAACAAAGAUCUACUUUGAAAGAAAGUGAGUCUUCCCUGUGUAAUCCAGACACAGAUGAGGGGUUUAUGCCACCCCACCCCCUCCAGUUUUAGACACACAUCCUCUUCAGUGCGGCAUGAAGUGAAGCCCUCUCUUGCCUGGGCAAGUGGCCAGAGCACAGGGACCUGUGGUGGGCAGCCUUGUGUUCCGACGGAGGUGCAUUCUCUAUCCACAAGGUGGUUCUUUUUCCCAGGGUAACCUAGGGACCCUGCCUUUGCCCUUAGAAACAGCUGAUCCUGGGGAAGGAUCACGUUCCUUUCUUCCCAUCUGGUUCUCACUCCCCAAAAGAUUUUGCCUUGUUUACCCAAGCACUCACUGUAGGGUGAAUUCAUAUGCUUCUGGCUGCCUAGCAAGUGAAGAUCUGUUUAGAGACUGAGAAAGCCAACCUUAAAGAAGGUGGCAGAAAGGAGAAUCUCAUGGUGAGUGAGGGCCCAGGUAUGUGUUUCUUUCCUCCCCGUUAUCUGCUGAUCUGAAACUCCCUGAUCAACAUGUUUGUCUAAACAUUUUUAUUUACAUUUGUCUGAUCAUUGUAGUUUUUCUAUUGUUGAGAAAAAUUCAUCUGUCCUAUUCAUUAGGGAUGAAAAUAUUCUCUCAUUAGAAUGUACCUCCUAAUGAAUACUUGGGAAAUUAAAAGGGAAAUGUGAUGAGCACAAACUGAGCGUUCAGUCUAGGAGAGGCCGGCUUUCCCCUGGCACUUUAGGAGGGCAGGCCCUGGGUGUCCUGGCGGGUACAUCUGCCCUGCACACCCUCACGAGGAUGUCCGGUCAGGCUGCUUUACCCCCCAGCACUUUAAGUGCCUGCUCUGAGGUUUCCUGAACCUGCAGAAAAUGCCUCUCAUCCUAACAGUCUGGGGAUUCCCUUUGUGCUUCUGUGUAAAGUCAUACGAACAAGCUGGAGUUGUUGUCACUUCACCGCCCUCUUUUGAAUUUCUUCAUUGUGGUUAUUGAUUCUCUCUAGGAAUUAACAGUAAAGACAGUGCACCCCCUACCAUAAUGCUUGGAAGACAGGUGUUAGUUUGUACACAUGACAGGAGAGGACCCUGGAACACCCCCUGUCUGUGUCAGCCCAAAAUGGGAUAAGGAGCUAGCUCAUUCUCUGUCCUUUAAAAAAAUCUUUCCUGUACUAAUAAUGGUCAGUGUAUUUUUUUUUUCCAUCUUGUGAUUCCAGUUGAGCCAAGAAACAAAAGCAUCCAUGAGUUCUUUGGUGGUGGGGGGAGGAAAUUAGCACCAUUUUUUCCUAACUAUGUUUCUAUUAUCUAAAGAAUAAAUGAUGAAGACAUUCUCCUUAUAACUCA